AAGUUCGCCCGCUAGAUGAUAUUUUGUUUGAAUGACGUUCGUAUCCAGAUAUGAACGUGACCGCAAUGACACGUAAUGAUUGAAAUAAUAGCCCAACGUGAUAAUACAAAAGUAUUGUCCUCGAAGUGAUAAUCGCGUGGACGAGAAGGUGGCAGAGACGAGUUGCUCAAGCGAGUGGUCAUGUUCACCACCGUGAACGGCAGACUCGCGAGCCGGCUUUUAUGGUCACAUGGACUCGCGCGCAUUCGCGUAACGAGGUUGACAUCGACCCAGAAGACCUCAAAACCGUCGCCGGAGAAUGAAGCGAUAGCUGCCGAUCUCGCGGGAAUCAAGGAGUGCAAAACGCCUCCGAAAAGUUCGAAGGCUAGGCCGAGACUUCAGACUGUUCGCGUGUAUCGAUGGAAUCCGGAAAAGCCGCAGGUGAAGCCGUACAUGCAACAGUUCACCGUGGACCUGGACAAAUGCGGCACGAUGGUGUUGGACGUGUUGACGUUGAUUAAAGCUGAACACGAUCCAACGUUGUCUUUCCGAAGAUCUUGCCGCGAAGGCAUCUGCGGGAACUGCUCGAUGAACAUAAACGGCGUCAAUACCUUAGCUUGUAUAACGAAAAUACGAGAAUCCCCGAAACCGCUGGUGAUUUACCCUUUACCGCACGUUUAUGUGAUUCGAGAUCUGAUACCGGAUUUGGGACAGUACUUUGAUCAAUUUCGAGAAAUCAAUCCGUACCUAAAGCGUCCGGGUGAGGAAAAUUUCCUCGGUGUGCGGCAAGUCUUGCAGAGCACGCGGGACAGGAGGAAGCUCGACGGUUUAUACGAAUGCAUAAUGUGCGCGUGUUGCACAUACGCGUGUCCUCCUUACUGGUGGCUCGGCGACAAGUAUUUGGGGCCUUCGGUUCUUCUACAGGCAUACAGGUGGGUAAUAGAUUCGCGGGACUUGGCACAUAAAGAAAGGCUGACAAAACUACGGGACUUCUACUCGGUUUACCGAUGCCACACGAUUUUCAAUUGUACCAAAACAUGCCCGAAGGGCCUAAAUCCAGGCAAAGCGAUAGCGCAGCUAAAAGGUUUGCUGGCCGGACUUAUGCAGAAAGAGAAACCCGAUAUUGAGACGCCAAUUCCGGAUCCUUGCCAUGGUAAGGAACAGUACGCGUGCAGAAAGGAUUGAAAGUAUGAUACGACUCACUAAAUGUCUUCCUAUUUAUUGUGUGGCAUUGCCUAUUAUUUUGAGUAAAGAACUUCGUAUUUACAAUAACAAAGUUAUUUUGUCGCUGUGUGAAAGCUCAUACAAGCUGUAGUCUGUAGCACAAGGUGGUAGUUUUGUACAUUGAAACAAAUUAAUAUUUUUAUAUAUUCUCUGCACACACAUACAGCGUUAAACCCAAAUACUAUGGUUUCGUAAUUGUAUUAUUAUUACUUUGAAAAUCUUAAAUAAAAAAUUAUAGUAAAUAA